UCUUGAUCAUGGCAUGGGAGAAUCAGACCUUCAACUCUAACUUCAUCCUUCUGGGUAUCUUCAAUCACAGCCCCACCCACACCUUCCUCUUCUUUCUGGUCCUGGGCAUCUUUUCAGUGGCCUUCAUGGGAAACUCUGCCAUGGUUCUCCUCAUCUACCUGGACACCCAGCUCCACACCCCCAUGUACUUCCUCCUCAGCCAACUAUCCCUCAUGGACCUCAUGCUCAUAUGCACCACUGUACCCAAGAUGGCCUUCAGCUACUUCUCUGGAAAAAAAUCUAUCUCUCUGGCAAGUUGUGGAACUCAGAUAUUCUUCUAUGUGUCCCUGCUUGGAGCUGAAUGUUUCCUUUUGGCUGCAAUGGCCUAUGAUCGGUACGUUGCCAUUUGCCAUCCAUUAAGAUACCCAGUCCUCAUGAGCCAAAAAAUCUGUGGUCUUCUGGCUGCUGCUUCUUGGAUUCUUGGCUCACUUGAUGGCAUAAUUGAAGAUGCAGUUGCACUGUCCUUCUCAUAUUGUGGUGCCCGGGAAAUACCCCACUUUUUCUGUGACGUACCUGCCCUUCUUACCCUCUCAUGCAAUGACACCUUGAUGUUUGAAAGGAUGAUAUUCAUCUGCUGUGUAAUUAUGCUUCUCUUCCCUGUAGCAAUUAUUAUUGCUUCCUAUGCCCGAGUUAUUCUGGCUGUCAUUCACAUGGGAUCUGGGGAGGGUCGUCGCAAAGCUUUUGCUACCUGUUCCUCCCACCUCAUGGUGGUGGGAAUGUACUACGGAGCAGCCAUGUUUAUAUACAUGCGACCCACAUCUGAACGUUCACCCACCCAGGACAAGAUGGUAUCUGUAUUCUACACCAUUCUCACUCCCAUGCUGAAUCCCCUUAUCUACAGCCUCCGCAACAAAGAAGUGGCCAGAGGAUUCAUGAAGGUAUUUGGGAAGGGCAAGUCUGAAGAGUAAAUUGCGGCCUAUUAUAUUUUGCUUUUUUCUCAAGUGCUUGGCUUUAUGCUUAAAUUUAUGUAUUGAAUGAAAGUAACUCAGAACCUAAUAUGUA